AUGAAGCUUUUAAAAAGUGAAAAGUUUGGACGAAGAUAUCAUCCUCAGAUUAUCCGUUUUGCACUAUCUUUGCACGGAAAAUCUCCAGCUGCAUAUCGAGAAGUCAGGGAGAGUGGAGCUCUGAUUCUUCCCAGUGAACGUGCCUUGAGAGACUACAAAAACUAUUUUAAACCCAAGGCUGGCAUCAACCUUGAGAACAUUGAAACCCUUCGAGAUAAAUCAGCAGCACUGUCUGGCAUACAACGUUACGUAGUCCAGGUAAUGGAUGAAAUGAAAAUCCAGUCCAACCUUGUUUUUGACAAGUACUCAGGCGACUUGAUUGGUUUUGUAGAUCUCGGAGAUCCAAUGACCAAUGCAAGUCUUGGGGAUGAAGAUGUUAUGGCCACUCAUGCUUUGGCAUUUCUGGUAAGAGGAAUGUGCAGUGACCUCAAGCAUGUCAUUGCAUAUUAUUUCACUGAAAAUGUUACCUCUUACCAGUUAAUCUCUAUCUUCUGGAGAGUUGUUGGUGUCCUUGAGUUCUCAUUGGACUUAUGGGUCUGUGCUGCGGUGAACGAUGGUGCGUCACGAAAUCGUUAG